AUGUUGGAGACAUUAACUCUUUCAGUCUCUCGUAUGAGACCUCAGUGCUUAAUUAUGACAGGUCCUCCAAAUGCACGUCCAGCUUUGCUACACCUUGUCCAUGCUUUCACCAAGAACGUGGGUUUGAUGAUCUGUGGCCAUGUACAUAUGGGUCCUCGAAGGCAAGCCAUGAAGGAACUGUCGACUGAUUUGGCUAAAUAUCAGCGAUGGCUAAUUAAAAAUAAGAUGAAGGCUUUCUAUGCACCAGUGCAUGCAGAGGACUUGAGAGAUGGAGGACAAUACUUAAUGCAGGCUGCUGGUCUGGGUAGAAUGAGACCUAACACCCUAGUUGUUGGAUUUAAGAAAAACUGGAGACAAGGUGACAUGAGAGAUGUUGAAACCUAUAUAAAUUUAUUCCAGUAA